AUGAUUGGGCCGCAGGGUCCGUCAGGUCCACUAGGAUCAACGGGUCAACCGGGCAGCACCGGAGCUACAGGUGGGCCAGGAGGUCCAGGUUUUCAAGGCCCCGUUGGACCUCCAGGACCUCAGGGACCACAAGGACCUCAGGGUCCCACAGGGAUCAUGGGUCCACCUGGUUUGCCUGGUAACCAAGGUAGCACAGGAUCGUCUGGACAGCCUGGACAGCAAGGUAUUGUAAUGUUGAUGAGACGCUUGGCAUUUCCAAUAGUUUAA